GCUAUCGCUCUUUUCACGCGCACCUUUGAUUUCGUUGAUUGGUCUGAACCUCUUUUCCUGGAACAUUUCCGACGGAAAAUUCUCUUCCCUCAAGAUAAGGAACUAGAAAUCGAGUUGAUUGAAAAGGAUGGCACUAGUGUCUGGAGGAAGGUCAACACUAAACCCUAACGCUCCUCUCUUUAUUCCUGCUGCUUUUCGCCAAGUGGAAGAUUUCUCCCCUGAAUGGUGGCAACUGAUCACAACCUCGCCGUGGUACCAUGACUAUUGGCUGAGCCAACAUCAAGAUGAGGAUGCUUUCUACAGUAAUGCAGACGAUGACAUUGACAAUGUAGCUGAUUUGUUGCCAGAGACAUUUGAUCUCGAUGCUGGUGACGAGUUUUCUAAUAUAGAAGCUCAGUUUGAAGAGUUCAUUGAGUUCUCUGAAACAGAAGGAGAUAAGUCACAUCUGUUACCUUCCAAUGGAAUGCACGAAAACGGAGGCUUAGCAAUGGGGGCUGAGGCACUGAUACAGAACAUGAAGUAUUUGGAGGAAAGAAGCCCCAAGUUUCACGUGGAACCUGCAAAAUAUGCAGAGAAGGCAGCCAAAUUCACGAGCUCAAAGAACAGCCAACGCCGCAUUCAGCAGCCCCGUUGAAUGAAGCAUAAAGUUGCCGAUGACAUUAGUUUGCAGAUCCAACACUAGAGGCCCAGCAGAACCUCUGCUUGUUUCCUUCACACGUCUAAACAAAAAGAUCCUUGCGUCACCGACUCGCCGGAGCCUGGCUCCGUUUUGCCCGCGCAUUUCGCACUCAUUUAGUUUCAGUACAUGGCUUAUCCUAUGUUUUCGCUUUGUUGCCAUUGCUGAUCAAUCAAAGAUGAUACACACUCCUUAGUCCUUAUCCUAUGCAGAGCUUGGCUGCAGAAUACUGAAUUUGUGUUUUGAUUUAUUGUUUUCUUCCUGACGUUGGCACUGAUCUUCUGAGGCAUUUAACCGGUUAUGCUGUAUUCUCUUGGUCUAUCUCUACCUAUAAAGUACGGAUUUUAUCA